UUCACACACGUCACCUCCACACAUCACCUCCACACACACACACACAAAAUUGAGAAUGCUGGGGGGAGGAUGGCUCAUAAUAAUGGCUGGAGCUGCGUGAAUGGAAUGGCAUCAAACCAUGUGUUCUGCUAUUCUACUCCAGCCCUUUCCACGAGCCUGCACACACACAUCCAUCCAUCAACUAACUAUUGCUUCUUCUACUGAAAUCUACAGAUACUGCUACCAUUGUGCAUUGUAAUAGUUGUGUGAAUAAAGUAGUUGAUUGAUUUUUAAUUUAGAGAACAUAAACGUUUGUGUGCAUCAAUGUACGAUGUUUCAUGUUUGUCUAUUCAUGGCUCAGAAGACCUAGGCCAGUGUCAGAAAAAAGAAAAAGUGCACACCACUAAGAAUGGCCAUAGCUAAAUUUCUAUUUUCUUACCCCUUUCAAACAUUUACACCUAAGCUGUCCAUUGUUUUUAGUAUGUCAUUAUGAGGAUUAAAAGAACAUAUACAAGUUUAGGCACAACGUAGUAGUGAAAGAAAUUAUUACUGUGAGAACCAUCUUGAAUACGACCAGGUUUAGUGCGCCAUCACAUGGCCAUUUUUUAACACCAUUCCACGCUCAGAAAUAAAACUGCGCGUGCGCAUUAUGUAAACUAUCCACCCGGCCACUAUCAAUCGAUCAGAGAGUGGAAGAUGGCGGUGAAUCGAGUCUUUGGGGCUAGAUCGAUCACCGAAAAACUCGAUUGAACGAAUUCAACGGAUUGUGAGAAAAUAUUACGAAACAACAACAUAACAAGCGUUUGGAGUGGAGAAACCUGCGAUUCUUGAGAGCUUCCCAAGGCGCCCACUCUCCAGGAUGGACUUUCCCUGGCACAGUGGCAAGGUUUUGGAACAGCUCAAUCACCAGCGUCAGCUGGGCCUGCUUUGUGACUGUACCUUUGUGGUGGAUGGGGAGGACUUCAAGGCCCACAAGGCUGUGCUGGCUGCCUGCAGCGCCUACUUCCGCACCCUCUUCCUGGACCAGAAGGAUGUGGUGCACCUGGAUAUUAGCAACGCAGCAGGUCUGGGCCAAGUCCUUGAGUUCAUGUACACGGCCAAGCUGAGUCUGAGUCCUCAGAAUGUGGAGGAUGUGGUGGCGGUGGCCACGUUCCUGCAGAUGCAGGAGAUAGUCAAUGCCUGUUCUGCCUACCAGUCUCUGGCAGUCUCCACAUCCCAGACAACACAAUACUUAAUUGACCACAAGAUUGAGGAAGGAGAGCAAAACACGGAGAAGGAGCCGUCAGAGACAAGGUCACAUGAUGAGGAAAUCCCAAACCCCUCAGCAGAGGAUGAAGGGCCAAAGGGCUUUCAGGAGGACCCGAAGGAGACCACCCUGGAUGAUGGCCAGAUUUCCAGAAAAGCCCCAGACAAACAGACCCCGGGGAGAGGAAGACCCCCCAAAACCUCCACCUACGCCACACAGAGAAAAGCUGCAGCUGAAAGUGAGGAGGUGGAGAGCACCGCCAAAGAUGUGCCUGAGUUUCAGGAUGACCCCUCGGAUGCGGACUACACGCCCAAGUUGCCAUUCAAGUCUGCAGCCUGUAGGUCCUACAUGAGCACCAGGAGAAGAAGGACACGGAGAGCUCCUCGACGCAACCUCUCACAGGAUAAUGACUCCAAUGAGGGGAGUAGCGCACCAAAGACAGUAAAUGAAGAGAAAAAAGAGGUGGAGGAGGGCGAGCUGGAGGAGGAGGAAGAGGAGGGAGGUGGUGAAGAAGAAGAAGAAGAAGUAGAAGAGCAGGAGGAUGAAGGAGAUGAGGGAGAAGACGGCCAGGGAACAGAGAGCGGAGAGGAGAGGAAGCAGCUACGGUUGGGUGCUGUCACCGACCGCACCGAGUCACGGUCCUACGGCUCUGUGACUCACAAGUGUGAGGACUGUGGAAAGAAGUUCACCCACACGGGGAACUUCAAGAGACACAUUCGCAUUCACACAGGAGAGAAACCUUUCAGCUGCCGUGACUGCCACAAGGCCUUCUCAGACCCGGCUGCCUGCAAGGCUCACGAGAAAACACACAGCCCCCUGAAACCUUACUGCUGCUCCUCAUGUGGGAAGAGCUACCGGCAGAUCAGCCUGCUCAACUUGCACCGGAAACGUCACACGGGCGAGGCCCGAUACAGUUGCAGAGACUGUGGCAAGCUCUUCACCACGUCUGGCAACCUGAAGCGCCACAUGCUGGUGCACAGCGGCGAGAAGCCGUACCACUGCGACUACUGCGACCGGGCCUUCUCCGACCCCACUGCCAAGAUGCGCCACCUGGAGACCCAUGAUGCCGACAAGGGCCACAGGUGUCCGCACUGCGACAAGCGGUUCAACCAGACUGGGAAUCUAAAGGCUCACCUGAAGAUCCACAUCACAGACGGCCCUCUGAAGUGUAAAGAGUGUGGCAAACAGUUCACCACCUCAGGGAAUUUGAAGAGACACCUGCGUGUUCACAGUGGGGAGAAGCCCUAUAUCUGUAUGCACUGCCAGAGAGCUUUCUCCGACCCCGGGGCGCUACAGAGACACGAGCGCAUACACACAGGGGAGAAGCCGUGUCUGUGUCUGAUCUGUGGGAAGGGGUUCACCCAGGCCAGUUCACUCAUCGCUCAUGUCCGCCAGCACACCGGAGAGAAGCCCUAUGUCUGCGACCGCUGUGGCAAAAGGUUUGUCCAGUCCAGUCAGCUGGCCAAUCACAUCCGUCACCAUGAUAACAUCCGGCCACACAAGUGUCACAUCUGCAACAAGGCGUUUGUCAACGUUGGGGAUCUCUCCAAGCAUAUCAUCAUUCACACAGGAGAGAAGCCCUUCCUGUGUGACAAGUGCGGCCGCGGUUUCAACCGCGUUGACAACCUGCGCUCCCACGUCAAGACCGUCCACCAGGGUAAGGCCGGGAUGAAGCGCCUGGUGGUUGCCGGGGGCGACAGCGACGAUGGGGGUGACGGGUUUCACGGUGGGUCGGCCUCAGAGAUGGACGACAACGAGAUCAACAUCGUCACCGUCACCACUGAGGACAUCGUCACCCUGGCGACAGGGGCCCUGGCUGGCAGCUCUGUGGCCCAGCUGACAGUGGUGCCUGUGGCUUCAUCGGUCUCAGCAGACGAGACGGAGGCUCUAAAAGCAGAGAUCACCAAGGCUGUGGAGAAGGUGCAGGAAGCAGACCCCAACACUCAGAUCCUGUAUGCGUGCGACUCGUGCGGUGACAAGUUCCUGGAUGCCAGUUCGCUGGCCCAACACGUGCGAAUCCACACGGCCCAGGCCCUGGUCAUGUUCCAGGCUGACUCGGACUUCUACCAGCAGUACGCCGCUGCUGCAGGAGCCACCGCCGUGGGGGAAGUUGUUACCACAACCUGGCAACCCGCCUCCGAGCAGGUCAUCCAGGGAGGGGAGCUCGUCUUCCACACCCGUGAGGCCGAGGAGGAGGGGGGGGGGAGGUGGUGGCCCAAGCUGACUCCCAGCCGGAGGGGAAAGAUGAGGCUGGAACAGAGGGAGAAGAGAUGGAGUGUGAGGCUUAGGGAAGAAAAGUACAUUGAAGAACUGAUUAUAUCUGGUGUGCAAUGACACCCCAAGUUACAGUGCAUUGAGUGAGUAAUUAGUCAUAAUUUUUGACAAUUUCCUGCCCUGUGUGGGAAAAGGAAAGUAAGAUUUCUAAUCACGAGUUUACAUAAUCAUUAAUAGAGAUUUAAUAGAGAUUUAGCAAAGCAUUGUCAGCCUCUUCUGACAUAAGUUCCCCUAAUUCUAGAAUCUCUUUAGACGAUAGCAGUAGUAUGUAACAUGCUAUAGUCAAUUUUGCACUGUAUGUUUAAAAUGUAUAUUAUAAAAUAUAGAAAUGGGCUAUUCAUUUAGAAAAUCGUCAUGCGGUAUAUCCCAGGGCAGGAAGGUCAGUUGAUACAUCACACCACUUUUGUUUUUCUUCUCCCUGACAGUAAAAAACAGAUAGGUAGUAAAAUAUUGCCUACAGAUUCCUGCCUUGUUUUACUGAGAUAGUGUAAAUGUUCCUCUCUUAGUUUAGGUAUUUUAGUAUACUUCAUUGAAGUAUUUUCAUUAAAAGCACAAGUGUACAUAAACGAUUGAUAGAAUACUUUGUGUAGUGCUACUAGCAUUUUGAGUGAGAAGGACUUGCUAGAAAUGUUGUUUCUCUUUCACAUUGCACGUCCAUGGUCGACAGGCAAACAAUGUAAAUGCUGUGCACGUUGACGUUUGUUCUAUUUCCUACUAACCUAUUAUAAUUACUCUUUGUGGAGAUAACUAGAAAACUGAAAUCACUUCCUAUUGGUGGGAUCCAUAUGAGAAAUGACAAGUUGUGGAUUCAUUCCACAAAUUGACAAGAUUAUUUUCCAAUUGAUCCCUGUGUAAAUCAUGAAACAGCACUGUCAUUCCUCAAUGAUUUGUAGCACUGACUUGGCAGGUAUUAAGAAGUACAAGAAGUCAUUAACUGACUAUGUAUGCUAGCCUAUAUUAGCAUAAAAAUAUGUUUCCUUGAGAAAGCUUAGUUUAAUGGCAGCAGGAACACCUAACAUGCAUACCAAUGUGUGUAGAUUAUGAUUAUAUUCAGUCCUGGUUGAUACUAGGUCGUGCAAAUCUUUUUUUAGUUGAACAAUACAGAUUAUGACAUACACCAUCUGUUUUAAAUUAAAUCAAUGGCUGAUUAAAUAUGGGGGGAGGGGAGAAUGUAUAAAAACUGAUCAAUAAAGACGGCUACAUCAAAACAGAA